GGGCGGGAGAGCAUCCAAAGGAUUUUUCGCCACGCCGCGCCGCGCUGCGCGGGGGCUGCAUGAGGAUCUUGGCCCGGCGGUCGGCUCGCUCCCCUCGACGCAGAGAUGCCGGUGCGCGCUGUGACCACCAGGUUCAUGUACAAGGGGCUUUGCACCAUCCCGGAUGUUCUCACCUACCGGCCCCCCGUCAGUCUCCCCGAGGAUGAGCUGGAGGAAAUCCGAGAAGCGUUCAAAGUGUUUGACCGCGACGGCAACGGCUUCAUCUCCAAACAGGAGCUGGGCAUGGCCAUGCGUUCCAUGGGCUACAUGCCCAACGAGGUGGAGCUGGAGGUCAUCAUCCAGAGACUGGACAUGGACGGUGACGGUCAGGUGGACUUUGACGAGUUUGUCACCUUGCUGGGUCCCAAACUGUCUGCGGCCGGGAUGCCCAACAAGUUUCACGGAGCAGAUUUUGAUUCUGUCUUUUGGAAGUGCGACAUGCAGAAGCUGACGGUGGACGAGCUCAAGCGUCUUCUGUACGACACCUUCCGGGACCACCUCACCAUGAAGGACAUCGAGAACAUCAUCAUGACCGAGGAAAACCAUCUCAACAGCCCCGAGUCCCACGUGGACAUUGACACGAGCCCAACGCAACAGGAGAAGCACACGUGUGUGCGCAAGAGCCUGAUCUGUGCCUUCGCCAUCGCCUUCAUCAUCAGCGUCAUGCUCAUCGCCGCCAACCAGAUGCUGCGCCGGGGAAUGAAGUAACGCACACGCGCCCGCUAAGCAAAUCUUCUUUCUUGGUAUUUUCACCAGCUUGCGCAAUAGAACGAACGGGACAAACGGAAAUAUCGGGUCGACCACUGUGCAGUAAGGGGACCGCUUCAGAGGCUCGAUUCCAAAUUGCCGACUCAGCUGUUGUUUACGCUUUCAAAUGACAUCAGAAGGCCAUCUUGGAUCAAUCGCAGCGACAUUAUGCUUGCCAAACCUUUUUGUUGUUGUUGUUGAAAUGUUUCAUUUACGGUGGAUGGUUUGGAAUCCAGCUGAGAUGAAGCAAUUUAGAAAGCAUUCACAACCCCGAUUGGAAUUCUCAUCUUCUUUCUUAUCUCGUCAAAGAGACGCGUUGCCGACAUAACUGUGCCGCUUAUCGUAAGGUGCCGCUGCCAUCCGACGGCGAAACAAACAAAAGGAGGCGGGGCCUCACAAGACAUUUGCAGCAAACUGUGACAAAAUUGCUCUUCCUUGCCAUCGCUUUGAUUUGGAUCGUCAUGAGGGAAGAUAUUGUGUGUGUGUGUGCAAAGUACUACUAAAUUCCUGGGGGGGAGGGGGGCGUGCAACAAGUGUGCAAUAUCAUCGACGUCGAUUGUAUGCAACAUGUGUGCGUGAAAUUAUGCAACAAUGCGCGAGUCAACUUUGAUGUCGGGAUCAUUUCUCCGUGACGGUCACUUGAAGUCGUCGACAAGAAUAAAUUGACAUAUCAUGAGAAAAGUGAGUUCACAUAUGCAUUCCGCUUAUAUUUUCUUACUGGAGAAGGUCAGGCGCUAGCUCCGAGGCGGAUUAUUUUAUACCAAAAAAAAAAAAAAGAAAUACAAUUGUUUAGAUGUUAGCAAAAGCGUAUUUGUGCCGCUAAUGGCGACCAAAAUGUUUGUCAAGAGCGGGAUCGGUAAGGAAAUGCUCAAAGUGGACGAUGGUGCACUUUGCAGACUUGAAUCCCUUUUUAUUUUUUGGAUGCAAUAAAAGCAAUGUAACGUGUACGCACGAUGACCAAGAUUGUGAGCGUGGCAUGACAUUAGCCGUUUACCUCCUCAUCGGAACAUAUCAUGUCAAGUAGCAGCUUCGAUGCCAAUGUACAGACGCAAAAAUAGCGAACGGGACACGAGAUAUUACUGUCAAUGUGUAUUUUGUCUUGGAGUGUUCCUCAAAAAGUAUGUAUCUAUCAUUUCUGUCAGGUGCCUUUUGUCACGUAUUUAAAAUGUGAAAUAUGUGGAGCACUUUGAAAAAUGUAGUUGGAAUGCUGGAUCUACGGAUUGCAAAAUUAUCAGCAAUAUAUGAACAUGUUCAAUGUGUGUGUGUGUGUGUGUGUGUGCGCGCGAGUGUGUGUGUGUGUGUGUUCGAUCUGACUUCUUUGUGUAAAAUUGACCGUAUCAGGUGUAGACUGAUGUAUUGUAAAAGCUGUCCAAACGCAUGACAUCUAAUUAAAAAAA